CACCUUCUCUUGUCUUCAUCUCCUCGAGUUCCCGGCUCAUCCAGUGCUCGAAGCAGUCUAGUCAAGCUUGGUGUUCCCUAGCUGUCCUUCGAGAAAGCCUUGUCACAUUUGUUUUGACACCACCCACAAUCACUCAUUAUCACCUUCCUACUUAUAAGUAUCAUCCGUGCGGAUGUCUCCCUCACAAGAAAAUAUUCCACACGCUUGGAAUUCGACCCCUAAAACCUCUCACGAACUUGAACCAGCCGAGCUCGAAGACGGAUCAUGGGCGCUAUCUCCCACCACCCCGAAUUCCUACCUGAAGGAGAACGAAGAGAGCAAAUCUCUGCUCCGGACAUCCAACCAAUCACGCCUGAGCUUGCACGAUGUCAAUCUCGACAACGGCGAACUUGGCCCCGAGCGCCCCACAUCCAACGCAGGAGGAAUCUUCCGAAGAAGUGCAGCUUGGUGGAACGACUUCAAAAAAACUCGGCACGGCAAGGUGUUUAUUCUCACCUCUAAAGUCUCCGCCCUGCUACUCUUCGUCGUGCUCCUGGUCAAGGAAAUCGUCCAUCUGUCUUCUCCCGGGCCGCAACCGAUUAUCACUAAGAUCACAGCGAUACCGCCCUCCCCUAACCAAAAGACCUGCACCUCCAAACUAUGGUCCAACGGUCACUGGGUCAGACGCAACGAGACAUCCAUGCCGCUGCCGCCACCCAUCCGCUCACAAGCACAAGCCAUGAAAGUCUCCAAUUUCCCUACCCACUCUUGCGCCAGCAAUCGCCUUCCUCUGACCAAUACUGGGAUCCCUCGGUUUGAGAAUGACACUGCUGAGUAUUGGGACUGGCGCUAUCGAGUCAGCAGUUACGAUUGGCGCUCUGGCUGCGAGGACGCUGGAAUCCCCGUCAAACCACAUCCUUCCCCAGAACAACUUCUCAAUACUUUGGUCAAUGAAGGUGGAUGGCUAAUGAUUGGUGACUCACUGUCGGCCCAGUGGUUCAUGUCGCUAUCCUGCUAUCUGGCCCCAUAUGUCAUCGCCGUCCCUCAUUUCACUCCCGAGACCCCAUGGAAUGCAACCCAACAUCUGUACCUCGACAAUACCACCUCUCUGGUUCAAAACAUGGAAUUGCCCCUCGGAUUCAACAUCAACACAACACCUUUGGUGUCAAUUCUACGGAGUGGCCUCUUACUGUCAAAACCAGAGAUCAAAGAAGUGAUCGAAAAACACAAGCUGAUUGAUGACGACAAGCCGAUGUUUGGACCUGAGAAAGUGUUCGACAUGCACACAUCUGAGUACACGGCGGAUUUCCUGGAUCCCAAGCUACGAUACUCGAAGAUGAUAGCCUCCUCGGGAGCCCAUUACACGGCCAUGCUCUUCCAAGACCGGCCAUUCCACCAAAUUGCUGAAAUCUUCCACUACAACUUCGAACGCUGGGCCGAGAUCAUGAGCGAGGUUCUCAAGGAUCCUCGCUCCAAGGGCAAAAAGAUCCUCUAUCGUACCGCUACCGCUGGCCACGAUAAGUGUAAUCUAGAAAGGAAGGGCCCGUGGAACGAAGAGAAAAUCUUGGAAACCCCCGUGUGGAAUUGGCAGGUCAUCCCAUUGUUCAACAAAAUUGCUGACUCGGUUCUCACUGCUCUCAAUCAGCCCAGACUGGAGUUAAUGGCGAUUGAAAGACCGGCUAUGAUGCGCCCUGAUGGCCACAUUUUGAUCGAUUGUCUACAUUUCACCGUCGGCGCCGGUAUCAUUGAAGGUUGGACUGACUUCUUAUACAACUAUGCUUGAGUGAGAUACUAGCCACCCUCUGUUUCCAACAUUCUAUACGACCAAUCGCUACUUUCUCUGCGUCAUUAUCUUGUAAAUCAUUCGAUUCAUCUAGACUUACAACGUCACUCAUCGUUAUCAUUCAUCUGCACUGCAUCGCACAAGCUCAUUCGCUCGUUUCAAGCUUGCUAGACUGUUCCAAACCUUCGGGAUGUUUUCCUGUUUUUUGUUUUUCUGCUCGUUUUCAACGGCACUACAUAGAUAUAGAUAUACAUGUAUAUAGCGCAACUCCAUGCAAAAAUAAAAUCGCAAGAAGACUGCUUCAUGAGUUGGG